AUUUAAGCGCGGGGAGGAAUAUCCCUGGCGUCCCGAUCGCGACACGCGGCGGCAAUCGGUGACAUAGGUCAGUCGGCUCGAAAGAUCUGGUUGGGAAAAACGCUAAGGCAGCAAAAGCGAAGGGAUUGAUCCGAUUCUUCCCUGCAACUUGCAACAACUCUUAUAAAUCUGCAUUGUCUGAAGACUGUAUACCAGUGAGCUGGGAUGGGCGAAUGUGGGCCGUCGGAUGGGAACCGGGGUAUAUGCCGCCCGCAUUCAAAGCCGCCGAGAGGUAACCGCCGGCCGAUUUAGGGCUUAAGUCAGCAUCCAAGUUAGGGCGAAUAACUUGAUUGUGGGAUAACUAACUGUUAAAGCUUUUAAAGGGAGGCCACUCCACACACACACACACUCCAUCGCGAGAGAGAGAGGAAGGAGUGUGCGUCGCUUUCCAUUUCUUUUGUUGUUUUGCCUGGCCGCCGCUGCUGCUACUGCUGCUGCUGCUGCUGCCAUGGUCUGGAGCUGACGAGUUCGAGCUCGCUUCGCCCCCCAUUCUCGCUUGGGCAUUCAAGACAGAACAAGGAAACACAGCAAACCCAGCCAGCAGCAGCUCUCUCAUGCUAAACAUAGAGGCGCUUCCACAUCUCGCAUCGCUCUUUUCCUUAGAAUGCUCCUUCUACUGCUGCUGUGAGUUGUAACUUAUCGAUUGAGUGGAGGUCGCAGUACCAGGGCCGAGGAGGAAGAGCCUCCACUCCAGCACAAAGAUGGCAGCAGCAGCAGCAAGAUCGGGCAGAAUGUGGGUGCUGGGGUGGGCCGUGCUGCUCCUGGCCAGCGCCGGGCAGUCGGCCUUUGAUUACAAGGAUGCGCUGAGCAAGAGCAUCCUGUUUUACGAGGCGCAGAGAUCUGGGCGGCUCCCCACGGACCAGAGGGCGGCCUGGCGCUCCGAUUCAGCACUCUUGGAUGGCAAAUCUCAGGGGGUGGAUUUGGUUGGAGGGUAUUACGACGCGGGCGACAAUGUCAAGUUUGGUCUGCCCAUGGCCUUCACCAUCACCAUGAUGUCGUGGAGCGCCAUCGAGUUCCACAAGCAGCUCCAGUCGAGUGGUCAGCUCGGCUACACCCUCGACGCCAUCAAAUGGGGGGCCGACUACCUCGUCAAGGCACACCCACAGCCCAAUGUGCUCUGGGGCGAGGUGGGUGAUGGAUUCACGGAUCACUUCUGCUGGCAAAGGCCCGAGGACAUGACAACGCCCCGGAAAGCUUACAAGAUCGAUGCGAGCAACCCAGGGUCGGAUUUGGCGGGCGAAACUGCCGCCGCUCUCGCUGCCGCUUCCAUUGUCUUUAGAAGGCACAAUGCAGCAUACGCAAACAAUCUCCUGGCUCACUCCAAGCAGCUCUUCCAGUUUGCCGACACACGCCGCGGCAAGUACGACGCCAGCAUUUCGGUGGCUCAAAAGUUUUACAACUCCAAGAGUGGCUAUGCGGACGAGCUGCUGUGGGCAGCCCUGUGGCUUCACCAGGCAACUCACGACGAUUUCUACCUCAGCUACGCUGCCAACAAUGCGGGCACUCUCGGGGGCCUAGGCUGGGACAUGAAAGAAUUCAGUUGGGACGUCAAGUAUGCGGGUGUCCAAGUCCUUGCUUCCAAGGUGUUGCUUCAAGGGAGAGGAGGGCAGCACGCAUCGGUGUUGAGGAGCUACCAGUCCAAAGCCAAUUUCUUCCUCUGCGCCUGCUUGCAAAAGAACGGCGGCGGAGGAAACGUCCAGCGGACACCGGGUGGCUUGCUCUACGUAAGAUCUUGGAACAACAUGCAAUAUGUGACGGGCGCAGCGUUCCUUCUCACCGUGUACUCGGAUUAUCUAGCAAGCUCCGGGCAGCAACUCCAGUGCCCGGGGCAGAGAGUUGGGCCAGGCGAGCUGCUUCGGAUGGCACAGUCUCAGGUGGACUACAUCUUGGGAGACAAUCCUCGAGCGACGAGUUACAUGGUUGGGUUUGGUGCCAACUUUCCCCAGGAAGUUCACCACCGAGCCUCGUCCAUUGUGUCGUACAAGGUGAACCCCUCGUUCGUGAGCUGCCGCGGUGGAUAUGCAACCUGGUACAAGAGGCGAGACCGCGAUCCCAACAUUCUCACGGGUGCCGUGGUGGGAGGACCGGAUCAAAACGACAACUUUGCGGACGAGAGGGACAACUUUGAGCAAACGGAACCAGCAAUCUACACAAACGGCCCGCUCAUGGGCGUUCUCGCCAGGCUCCACGGCGGCUACUACAACUCCCGCGACGACUCCGGAUCCGACUUGAGCACAAACCCAGUGGAGGCAUUGCCGCUGCCUCCAACCAGUGCUGCAAGCCGUCCAGAUGACUCGGUGGAGUUAACGCACGAGACAGUGGCAUCUUGGCUGUUCAAGGGCCAGACAUACUACAAGUACGCGGUGAAUGCCACCAAUGCAUCCAAGCACACGCUGUCGAGCCUCAACCUCCGCAUUGACAAUCUCCAAGGCCCGCUGUGGGGGCUCACCAAGACCGACGCCACUGCCUACACUUUCCCCGAGUGGCUGCAUUCCUUGUCGCCGCACGGGAGCCUCGUCUUCGUUUACAUCCAGCCAGCCGCAGCUGCGAAAGUCCAAGUUCUCAGCAGCAGCUGGGUGGAGCGGGCAUCGUGAGCAACGGCGUGGUUGAUCCAUCCUCUCAUCUCGCUCGCAUCCAGCGGCGGACGAGUCUAUCUUCUACGUAAGUAUGCUACCAAAGGCGGUGCUACAGCGAGAAUAAAAACCAAGGUAUGUAUGUGUGAUAUACACAAGCAAGCGCAGUGUGCUAGCCCAAGUUAGCCGCUGGACGCUCGAGGUCUCAUCCAUCCGUGAUCCGUUUGAGCUCGAUCAGUCGAGAAGCUGCUUUGAGUUUCCAGUCGGGCGAUGGAACAAUAACGGACCGGUUUUUUUUUAUUCUUGAAUGCGCUAUUCGCGAGUAUAAGCUUGUAAUCUUUCCAUGUGUGGAAUUCCAACUCAAGAAAUACGGGUUUUAGCUA